AUGUCCAUGCUUCGGCGGCCUCUCACCCAGCUUCUGGGGUUGCUGCCCUUGGCUUUGGUCGUGCUGUCCAGCAGCAACAUCUGCGAUCUCCUCCACUCCCAGACUCCCGGCCGCGUGGUGUACCCCGGAGAGACACUGUACACGGCGUCGGAAUCAUCCUAUUACCCCGGGUACGAGAGAGCCCUCCAGCCCAGCUGCAUUUUUCGACCCACGAGCACGGCCGAAGUAUCGGAAUUUGUCCAUUUCAUUAACGAAAAUGCCAACGCCUCGUCGUCGCCGCUUCAAUUUGCCGUGAGGGGCGGGGGCCACACUCUGUUCACCGGCGCCGCCAAUAUCAACGACGCCAUCACCGUCGACCUGCGCGCCAUGAACUCACUGGUUCUCAGUGACGAUCGCAAGACUGCCUGCGUCGGGGGUGGGAGCAUUUUCAGCGAACUUUAUCCCCAACUGGAGCGACAUGGUCUCACCGUCCUGGGAGGUCGAGUUCCGGACAUUGGCGUUGGUGGAUGCACGACUGGAGGCGGAUUGAACUUUCUGUCGCGGAAACACGGCUUCUCCUGCGACCACAUCUACGGCUACGAGGUGGUCCUGGCGAACGGAUCGGUCGUGCAUGCCACCGCGAGCGCCAACCGGGACCUCUGGCUGGCGCUGAAAGGCGGCUCGAAUAAUUUCGGCAUCGUCACCCAUGCCGCUGAUAUGGCCGUCAUCCUGAACUUCGCGGACGGCAGCUUCUUGACCGGGAACUCCCUGUUCUACACCAACCCCGUCGCCAACCCCCCCGAGUACCGGCCCUUCACGCCUCUCCCGUCGCCCGUGCUGAACAAUCUCGGCUUCAACAUCGUGAGCAGCAUGGUCACGAACUUCGGGCAUGCGCUGCCGUCCAAGCUGAACUGGACGGCCGAGAUCGUUUAUUCCUUUAAGAAUGCCAACGCGACGACAUACCGGCAGCUGUUCCGAAUCUGGGAGGACGGAUGCCGCGCGCUCGCGGACAUCGAGGGCCUGCAGGUCCAGUACCUGGUGCAGCCGCAGCCCGUCACGAACGGCACGAACUCCCUGGGCCAGCCAGCCGGGGAGACCGACCGCGUGAUUGGGCUAGUCACAGUCUCGUUCGACAACGCGGCGGAUGAAGAAACCGCCCUCCGGGGCUUGUGCAGCAUCGUCCAGGAACAGAUGGCCGUAUUGUAG